AUGUGUGGAGCCGACCGCGUCUCAUUGGAGAGGGAGUCCAAGGUUGCGGAUGACCCCAAGGAUGUAGUGAUUACCUCUACGAACCAGAGGAGCCCGGAGGAGCAAUUGCCGGUUGAAAUCAAGUAUCCCGAGCAAGAUCUCGAUCGGGGGCUCGUGGGUGGGAAGGGCAGGAUGAUCCCCCAGAAUCCACAGAAUUUCCGACCGGGCCAGAAAUGGGGUUUGUUGAUGGUGAUGAGUGCCAUCACGUUCAUUUCACCCCUGGCUUCCAGCAUGUUUGCACCCGCGGUGAGCUACGUGCAGAAGGACCUGGACGUGGAUAACGAGACACUGCUUUCCUUCAGCGUGAGCAUCUACCUUCUCGGAUAUGCUUUCGGCCCUCUCCUACUCGCCCCACUGAGCGAGAUCUAUGGACGCCGGAUUGUGCUUAGCUGCGCCAAUUGGUUCCUGGUGAUCUGGCAGAUUGGAUGUGCACUGUCCCCGAAUAUCGCCUCCCUGAUCAUCUUCCGGCUCUUAGCUGGAAUGGGUGGGUCAGGCUGCCUCACGCUCGGCGCAGGCGUGAUCGCCGACCUUUUCCCAGUAGAGCAGCGGGGACUUGCAACAGCCAUCUGGAGUUUGGGACCCCUGGUUGGCCCGACCAUUGGACCCUUAGCGGGAGGAUUCAUGGGAGAGACUAUUGGGUGGAGAUGGAUUUUCUGGGUGCUCUUGAUUGUGGGAGGGGUCGUCGCGCUUGGAAUCGAGCUCUUGAACCGGGAGACCUACGCCAAUGUGCUGAUCCGCUGGAAGACCGCAGGGCUGGCGAAAGAACUGGGUCGCAGCGACCUCCGUAGCGCAUAUACCCCUGAUGGCGAAAAGGUUUCGAUCGCCAACUCCCUGAAAGUUGGACUCCGGCGACCUGUGCUCCUAUUCUCCAAGUCCCCUAUUGUGGCGGCGCUGGCAUUUUAUAUGGCUGUAAUGUACGGGCUUCUGUACUUGUUCUUCACAACCAUCUCUGGCGUCUUUGGAGAAGAGUAUGGCUGGUCCAGCGGAGUCUCUGGUCUUGCGUAUCUUGGGAUUGGCAUUGGCUUCCUUCUCGGGGCUGCUUGCAAUGGACUGACCAGUGAUCGAAUCGUCAUGAGGAUGACGGCCAAGAAUGGCGGCAAGUUCGAGCCCGAGAUGCGGCUCCCCGUUAUGAUCUUCUUUUCCGUCUUUGUUCCCAUCAGCUUCUUCUGGUAUGGCUGGACAGCCGACAAGCACGUUUUCUGGAUUGUGCCGAUCAUCGGGAUGGCUCCAUUUGGCUUCGGGUUCAUGGGUCUGUAUCUGCCCAUUCAGACCUACGUGAUCGACAAUUAUCCCGAGUACGCUGCGUCAGCCAACGCGACCCUGACCAUGUCGCGAUCACUAGUGGGAGCUCUGCUGCCGCUGGCGGGGCCCAAGUUAUUUGCCAAUCUGGGCAUUGGCUGGGGCAAUUCUUUAUUAGGAUUUGUGUCCUUGGCUUUUGUGCCGGUGCCCAUUCUUUUCUCGCGGUACGGCCAGCGCAUCAGGGAUAGAUUCCCGGUGGACCUGCAGUAA